AUGAGUUGGAUACAAAAUUUAAAGAAUUAUGAACACCUCCGAGAUCCCACGGAGUAUAUGAAGCAGGUCUAUGGAGAUCCUCUCGCAUAUUUGAAAGAGGAUACAAAGUUUGUAACAGAACGUGAAUAUUAUGAAGAUUAUGGAUACGGAGAAUGUUUUAAUUCAACUGAUUCUGAAGUUCAGUGUGAACUAAUUACUGGAGAGUUUGACCCAAAACUUCUGCCAUAUGACAAACGACUAGCAUGGCACUUCAAAGAAUUUUGCUACAAGACUUCUGCUCAUGGAAUUCCGAUGAUUGGAGAAGCUCCAAAUAUUUAUUAUCGAACUGUAUGGAUAAUGUUGUUUCUUGGGUGUAUGAUUAUGCUUUAUUUGAAUGCGCAAUCAGUUUUAGACAAAUACAACAGGAACGAGAAAAUUGUUGAUAUUCAGCUCAAAUUUGAUACUGCUCCAUUCCCAGCCAUUACCCUUUGCAACCUUAAUCCUUAUAAGGCAAGCUUGGCAACAAGCGUUGACCUGGUGAAGCGGACUUUGUCAGCAUUUGACGGGGCCAUGGGGAAAGCUGGGGUUAAGGCUGAUGGAUCAAGCGCUGAAGAGAUGACGAACACUCCCCCUACCACGGCACAACCAAGAACUACCCCAAAACCAAGACGACGAGGAAAGCGUGACCUUGCAGGAGCAUUUUUUGAACCUGGAUAUGCUCGAUGUCUUUGUGGUAAUCAGGGUUCUAGCGAAAUGGAAGAAAAAUCUGAAGAAAAAGAAGAAAUAACCACAACGACGAGAAGGCCAUUCAACAUUCAUGAUGGGGAAGAAGAAUGGGAUGGAGUUGAAUAUUACGACCAUUAUGAAGAUACCGAAGCAACUACUGCUAUAAGUAUGAUGGAAGAGUGUCAAUCAGAGCGCACAAAGUACGACGAACCAACAGGUUACGACGAUCGUUGUAUUUGCGCGUUCGAUCGUUCGACACACGACGCGUGGCCGUGUUUUUUGAAUGGAACGUGGGAAACUACCGAAUGUGAUACAUGCAAUGAGCAUGCGUUUUGUACGAAAGAUAAUAAAACAGCAAAAGGCCAUCGCUCACCAUGCCUAUGUGCACCGUCAAGAUUUUGCGUAGCUUACAAUGGAAAAACGCCUCCAUUGGAGAUUUGGACUUACCUUCAAGGAGGAACACCAACGGAAGAUCCGAAUUUCAUAGAAGCUAUGGGUUUUUCGGGAAUGACCGAUGAAGUUGCUAUUGUGACCAAAGCUAAGGAAAAUAUUAUGUUUGCUAUGGCCACAUUAUCAAUGGAAGAUCGUGAAAAGCUGAGUACUACUAAGCAUGAACUAGUGCAUAAAUGCUCAUUUAACGGAAAAGCUUGUGACAUUGAAGCAGAUUUUUUAACACAUAUUGAUCCUGUUUUUGGCUCCUGUUUCACUUUUAACCAUAAUCGAACUGUUAAUUUGACUAGUAUUCGCGCAGGUCCCAUGUAUGGUUUGCGUAUGCUUGUAUAUGUCAAUGCUUCUGAUUACAUGCCAACGACUGAAGCUACUGGAGUCCGUUUGACAAUCCACGACAAAGAAGAUUUCCCUUUUCCGGACACAUUUGGAUAUUCAGCACCAACCGGAUACGUUUCUUCAUUUGGAUUAAGAUUGAGAAAAAUGUCUCGUCUUCCGGCACCAUAUGGAGAUUGCGUUCCUGAUGGAAAAACUUCCGACUACAUUUAUAAGAAUUAUGAAUAUUCUGUGGAGGGAUGUUAUCGUUCAUGCUUCCAGCAGCUUGUUCUUAAAGAGUGUAGAUGCGGAGAUCCGCGCUUCCCCGUUCCUGAAAACGCCCGACAUUGCGAUGCCGCAGAUCCAGUUGCAAGAAAAUGUCUUGAUGCGAGGAUGAAUGAAUUAGGAGGUUUGCAUGGUUCAUUCAGAUGCCGUUGCCAACAACCUUGCCGUCAAUCAAUCUAUUCUGUAACGUAUUCACCUGCUAAAUGGCCAUCACUUUCGCUUCAAAUCCAACAUGGUUCUUGCAACGGUACAGCCGUCGAGUGCAACAAGCAUUACAAGGAAAACGGCGCAAUGGUAGAAGUCUUCUACGAACAGCUCAAUUUCGAAAUGCUCACCGAAUCCGAAGCUUAUGGUUUUGUCAACUUGCUUGCCGAUUUUGGUGGACAACUCGGACUUUGGUGUGGCAUUUCAUUUUUAACCUGCUGCGAAUUUGUAUUCCUUUUCCUCGAGACUGCUUACAUGAGCGCCGAGCACAACUAUUCCUUGUACAAAAAGAAGAAGGCUGAAAAGGCCAAGAAGCUUGCUUCUGGAUCCUUCUAA